AUGUCGGCUGCCACCUUGCAAGUUGGAUUUGCGCUCGAUAACACCAUGGGCUCUAUGCUCCUGGGAGUGAUUAUCAGUGCAGUUUUAUACGGAAUCAGUUUGCUGCAGUGCCUGUUUUAUUUCACCCGCUAUAUGCGAGAUCCAGCAUACCUCAAAACACUUGUUGCCUCAACUGUUUUUCUUGAUACUAUUCAUCUUGUUUUUGUUGUUCAUACAGUGAGCCAUCACAAUAUCAUUCUUACUGGCCUCAUCAUAGUCAUUAUCUUGGCAACAUCUGGUGAGUUCUCUGUCAUCAUUGCAUUUAGCAUUCUCAAGAAUACAGCAUGUGGAACUGCCUGGGUAGUCUUGGCCCUUGAAGCAGGAACAUAUCAACAACUGUUGAAUAUAUCACCACUUACCAUCUCAAUCAAUGCUCUUUCUACUUCUACAGAUGUUAUUAUUACCAGCAUCCUUUGCUAUAUGCUCUAUGAUACCCAACCAGCAUCAUUAGAAACAGAGACUAUAGUGAAUCGCCUGAUUCUAUUCACAAUCAAUACAGGAUUGUAA